AUGCCACCGCGUAGGCCACCGCCCCUCUCCCGAAGUGGCACCCGCUCCCCAGGCUCGCGUGGACGCCCUCGGUUCUGUCGGAGAAACGGGCUCCUCAUAGGGAGAGCUCCAUUCCUCGCCUCACUGGACCAUGUGUCCCCCUCUGGCUCUGAAACUUUGUCCACCACCACAGACGAGGUUUCUGGCCUCAGGCGUCAGGGGCUCACCCGGGAGCCGGCUCCCGCCCCUUGGCAGGCCGCCAGCCGUCAUCCCCAUGAGGUCAGCCAGGGCCGGCGAUUUCGGGGAAAUACCAGCUGCUUAUUAAAAACAGGCGGUGGUCAGGCCCCCGCUGCUUUCCCAGUAGAAACCCGAGUGUUUGUGCCAAGAGGAGCAAAAGCGGGCAGGGCAGGGCAGGGCCGGGACCGCCAGGCGCGGGGAGAGCUUCAGGACCCGAUCGGACGGCCAGGGAACACGAGGGUCCGGUCACCCGCAACCGGAGGCUCCACCGGGCAGCGAGGGCUCGUGACUCGCGCGGGUGGAACUCAGGCAGCCGACAGACGGAGAGGAAAAGCGGAGAUGACACCCGGCCCUCCGGUGGAGUUGCGCGGCCAGGGCCCGCCAGGCGCACGAGGCCCUGCAGGGGGCGCCAGAGGCCCGCGCUCGCCGCAUCUGGAGCUGGUUAGUGCUGCGCUGCUUGGCGGGCGGCGGCGUGAGCUCAUCGCGACCCGCCCCACUGCGGUUUCCCAGCCUCUGCGAAGCGGACUCCACACAGAAGCGCCGCGCCGAGAGCCCGGGGAGCUCAGCGCUGCAGCCGCUGCUCCUCCGGGCUGUGGGUGUUCAGCGGGAGAAACUGCAGUGUGUGUCGCUGGCAGGCGCCCAGUUAGACUGAGCCUUGAGAGCCAGCCACCAGCAUGUGUCGCUGCUGCCCACCGAUGGGAUGAUCACUACCCAUCUGCAGUGGCUUGGGAGCUGAGGAGAUCAAUCUGCAGCAGCUCAGGAUGCUUCUCAGCCUCUUCUGGGAUGGAGGGAAGAAGACCAGAGAUGGAGUGAGGCGGCAGAAGGGUCGAGGAAUGGGAAACCUGGGAGUAGUGGGG